GCAUCAGUAAAUAAUGAGGCGAAAUAAGUCUAUAUGCCUUAUAUGAGCUUCAUAUUGUCCUACACAUUGCUCCACUCAAAUCCAGAAUACCGUUUGGAGGGAAAGGCCUUGAACAUGUGUCAUAAUUCAGCAGGGGUCAAAAUAACAGGUGUACUUGUGCACCGGCUAAAACACCCCUUUGUGUUUCACAUUUGCACAUUGCUUCUUCUUGUGUUCUUGAUAUUUCAACUGUAUGAAAAAGUUUGUUUGCGGGCAAAUUACAGUUUUAAUUUCUCCAACUUUUACUUCCCAUACCCUGCUCAUCCACGGAUCUUUCUUUUCCCUCCACAAUGAGCAGUCAACCACUAGUGAAAUAAUGGCUAAUACCCAGGAAACAGCUCACAAGCCAUCAAAACAUAGAACUAUUCACAUGUCUAUUUUUUCUAAAUUCUGAUGUGAAAGUGGGUUAAACUUAAUUUUACGAAACAUUGUGGCUUCAUGCAGCCCCUAGUUAGCCCUAUUUGCCUACCAAAGUUGAGGAAGAAGGGAAGCUGUGGGGUCAUGUUCAUGACACGGAGCACCUUCAACACUUCAGACAUUGCGAUGCUCUAACUUAACUCAUUUAUAAUGAACUGCCUGCAUUUUUUACAUGUCUUUUGUGUUAUUACAGUUUUUAAAGUAUUGUUUGCGAUGAACAAACAUGCAUGAGUGACAACAAUAAUAGCAAACCAACUUGUUUGUCGGGUCUGAGGUGGUUACGCCAUUAUAAUAUACAGGUAUGUGUGUGUGGAAUAACAUAUGAUUGGCGGAUAUAAGAUUUGUUUUUUCGUCUGAGCUUGUAGUGGUUCAUAAUAAUAUAGACCGGUUCAUAAAAUUACCUGUUAUGUCGUGCACCCAUUUUUUUCCUGGUCCCACCAGUGCAUCUGAUCUCAAAAAUCUAUUUCGACUCCUGACACAUUGUUUUGUAGUUACCCAUUGUUUUCUCUUAUAACCUCAAGUAAUCGCUCUGGUAAUAUGGUUUUUUUAUACCUGCUUCCACAUAUUAAAAAAUGUGUCGAUGAUUAAAACGGUUUGGUGUUCAAUUUCGCUUGGCGUUGCUAUACGUUUUUUAUGCAUGCAGUAUAAUAUUCAAAUACCCUUUGCGGUUGAACAUAAGAAUUAUACACAGUAGUAAUAUGCAAUUUAUCUUCAAGAAUUGCGGCAGUAUGACAUGAUGGUUUACUGUGGUCUGCACAAAGUGCUGUCUAACUAUGCUGAAGUGUUAGAAUUUAACAGUUUAUUAUGUUUCCAAAGCCAAACACAUGCAACACUAUUUAAGUGUAGUAACGUCCUUUUGUCUUUUUGAAUGUCUACUAAUACAAAGUAUGUUGUUAAUUAGAGGUGGACUGAUGACCUCUGUGGUAAUAUUUACUGCAGCGUCAUGGUUUCAGCUGUGCGUGAUCAGCUGCAAUCCACGUUUGUAUUCUACAUCAGUGUUUCACUCUUCCAGAAAACCGAGUUAUGUAUGAUGUUCUAGUUGAAACUUUGCUUCUGACAAAUGGGUAAGGCACGUUGGUGGAAUUCACAUUCCCAGUGUGACGUGUGAAGAUGCUACCGCACAAAGAAGCUCUGGUGUAUGAAUUGCAGUGUGAACUGCUAUGAGGAUAGAUGAUGUCUUCAAGAAGACAACGUCAGCUUACGGAUGAUGGACACCACAAUUAACGCUAACAAAAGAAUUGCUGAUGCUAAUAAUGUUGCUGCAACGAGAAGUCAUCUUUCUAUUCUUCUGACUGUAACAAGGGAGUGGUUCUGUGAUUCCUUUUUACAUUUAAACAAACCUCUCAAGAAAUCCAUCCAUUACAUAUCAAAUUUUUGAUGAUGAUGACAAUUUUCAUCCACAGCCAAUGAACCCUUUUCAUGUGUUCAUUCACGUUGGACCAAAUGAACAGUUUGGUCCACCGUCACCCUUCUGUGAUUUAUGCAACAGCGCUGGAUCUCAUGAGUUGUCGUCGUCGUCGCGGUGGCAUUUUCAUUGCGUUCAUUUGGCUUUUGAACUAUACCCUUUGAUCUGGAGGAGAAUUUGACCUCUUUUGUGACUCAUUGACAUUUUCAGGACCUUUGGUGACAACUAAGUCACUUUUCAACGAACCAAGCGCUUGUGCAUUUGAACGAUAAGAAGCAAGACUGGAAUUGAGACAUGUCCCGCCGAAGGAGUCGAAGCCCCUCCCCAUCGCGUUUUUCACGCAGCUGCAGCAGCAACAACCCUCGGGAUUUGGAGAGGAGGCUUUUUGUUGGAAAUUUGCCGUCAUCUGACAUGGCCAAGAAAGAUCUGGAAGAGAUAUUCACCCCAUAUGGGAAAGUCGUUGGCGUGUCCCUCUUUCGUGGAUAUGGAUUUGUUCAGUUUGACCGCGUUGAGGAGGCUGAAGCUGCAAAGGUGGCCCAAAAAGGUCGAAUAUUUAAAGGUUAUAAAUUAGAUGUAAAAAUGGCAGUGGAGGGACGGCAAGCUAAACCUCCAUCGCAGCAGAGCCCUCCUCGCAGAGGCGGCUAUGGGGAUGGCAAAGAUGCCCGACCUCGUUCACGUUCACCGGCAUAUCCACGGGAUGGACGGGAGCCUCGGGAUUCUAGAGAAUCCAGCCGGGAAUCCAGGCCUGCUGGGUACCGAGAUGAUUUCCGGUACCACGGCUCAGAGCCACGAGACAGGGACCCACGGGAACCGGCAUACAGCAGGGAGGAAUAUGCCCGCUUGUACCGGGGUGGAGCUCCUCCUGAGGACUUCUAUAGGAGGAAGGAGGAGCCCUUCAGAGAUCCCUAUAGGGACCCUUGGAAUGGACGGCGUGAAAUCGAAGAAGAAAGGCCAGAGGAGCGGCGCCGCAACGAACUCUAUCGUCAGUAUUACGAAGAAGUGCAGCGGCGCUACGAUCUGGACCGUCCAGUGGACUGCUCUGUGAUUGUGGUCAACAAGGCCCAGAAUCGGGAAUAUGCAGAGACUGUCGGGCGCAAGGUCCGGGACUUGGGCAUGGUAGUGGACCUGAUCUUCCUCAACACCGAAGUCUCACUGACUCAGGCGCUGGAGGAUGUCGGACGGGCUCGCACACCGUUCGCCAUCAUCAUCACGCAGCAGCACCAGAUGCACCGCUCCUGCACUGUCAACAUACUGUUUGGGACUCCUCAAGAGCACCGGAACAUGCCAAUGCAAGACGCCAUGAUGCUUGUGGCACACAACUUUGACGCCUACAAAGUGGAAAACCGUGAGAAGGAGCGCGAUGAAAUCGCCCGCAAGGCAGCCAAGAUGGCGGACGACGUGCUGCUGAGGGAGGCUGACAGAGAGUCUCACCCCAUCUCAGUGCUCACCUCCAUCACUCUUCUGGCUGAGAACAGGUUCUUGACUCCGGAGGAACUGGAUCGCCUGGUUGCGUAUUUGAAGGACAAACGAGCUCGACUGUCGCGACCACCAGCAGAGGUUCACACGGCUCCGAGCCUCUCAGUGCAUCCUGACAUUCAGCCUGCUGCUGUUGCUGCUGCCCUUGCAUCGCCCCUCGCAUCCCACCCUACCCUCACGUCCCAUCAGCCUCUCUCUUCCCACCAGCCUCUCUCUUCCCACCAGCCUCUCUCUUCCCACCAGCCUCUCUCUUCCCAUCAGCCUCUCUCCUCCCAUCAGCCUCUCUCCUCCCAUCAGCCUCUCUCCUCCCAUCAGCCUCUCUCCUCCCAUCAGCCUCUCACCUCCCACCAGCCUCUCACCUCCAGUCAGGCCCUGCCCACCACCCAACCCCUCACCGCACACACGCCUGCUCCUACAGGCCACCUUGGCCUUUCGGGGACUUCAACUGCCAAUACCAGCCUGAACAACCAGCAGGAGCUUCAGGCCAAAAUCCUCAGCCUGUUCAAAAGCAACAGCGGGUUAUCGGCUCCCUCUGGACAGAUGCCCUCAGUCGCGCCACCUCAGCAACAGCCGCAGCAGCUCCACUACAACACCCACGCUGCUCCACAGGGCAUGACCCAACCCACCAUGCCCGGCCCCAAUCAACCUGCCCAGUCGGGAUACGGCACCGGUCAGCCCCGCAUGGUGAUGCCCCCUGGUGGUUCAAGGCCUCAAAACCCCUCUGGCAUUAAUUUAGAAAACCCGAGUGUGAAGCAAGCCCUGGAUACUAUCAUUCAAGGAGGGCCGUCCAUCAACCGCCUGGUGUCAGGAGUUCCACCAGAGCAGCGGCCGCCUCCCAGUAUGGGCCACGCCCAGCCCAUGUCUAUGUACCCCCGGCAUUACUGACCUGUCCUGGUGCUGAGUUUGUCUCGCCAGCAGCUUUUUGUAAACAUUUUAAUUUUCCCUUUUAAAUCCCAUUAAGUAGGUGAACUGAGCAGCAGAAUCAAAGUCAAAUAUUCAUUGGAAAAAAAAAAAAGGUUUUUGUGUCAGUUGUGUACAGUUUUGAGUUCUUUAUUGUAUUUUGAGGGCUGUGAAUCAGACAUUUUUACAAUUAAAGAGGCAGAUCUUUCACGACCA